AUGUCUCGGAUGCCAGCAGAUCUCAUCAAUGUUUCGCCUGAACUAUUCCCACAGUCGGAAGACGACAAAUACCUCCAUGUCAAGAACAGUGACCGGUGGGAGCCUCUCAAGCCAGUAAUUGUCGAGUUGUACACUGGCAAUUAUGGAAAGAACAACAAACCACCCGCCAAGGCCCAGAUUGUCGAAUUUAUGAGGAAAUACUAUUCGUUCUAUGCCACGGAAUCCGCAUAUGCCAAUCGAUUCAGGCAAUGGGGGGUGAGCGACCGUCGUCUGACCAAGGCCAAGCUGAACGAGAUCGCUGUCGCUUUGGAAAGGCGUCCUACAGCCGAAAUGAGCACUUCCAAAGUUUCACUCAAGCGCGGUGCGUGUGAAGCAAAGCUUGAUGCGCGACAAGUCAAACGACAUCUGGCAAAUGGCACUUCCUCUUCAAAACCCCAGAGCAUGCAGUCAGGGUGGCUAUCAUCUUGGGCCUUACCAUAUGCUGCGUUUGUAUCAGCAUUACCCAAGAACCCCGACGCCGCCUCUCCUUAUGGGACACAGCCAGCAACACCCGGUUAUCUAGGGAUCAAAAGCGAGAGACUAUCGGACGAGCCUAUUUUUGGAGGGACGCUUAGAGGAUCUCAUCGUCAAAUCUGUGUUGAUUACUUUCACGAGUUCUAUAUGCACGGCUUCCUUACUGCGAAGAACUGGGGGUCUCCACCGUCAAUCAGCAAGGUUCGGACACCAUCAGCCUUUCUCGAAUUCCCUUCGAGUUCAUUAUUGACAGAUGCCUCAAAUCAUAUCGAUAUUGUCAAUCCGCCAACCAAUCUAUGUCGGUGGUCCAUUCAUGUCAAGGAAAUCGAAUAUGAACCACUGCCAGAGGAGCAACCUGAUUCAUUCCCAACAUCCAGGUCAUUUCCGGAAUGUCUUCAAAACUCUAUCUCAACAGGAGACUUCACAGAACUUCGGAAUGACAACUUGCCUCUUUCUCAUGAGACCGUCAUCCAAUCUUUGACUAAGAACCCCCUGGCUCUUGAACUUGACUCUUGGAAACUGGCAAUCAUGGCCGGCAACGCUGAUUUGCUAUACGAUUUGGGAAAGAAAGGACGAACGAAAACUCGUGAAGAGGUCAAGUCAAUACAUCCAUAUCACCUUGCAGCAUCAUUUCUCAAUGGAGGCGGUACGUGUUGCACGAUUUUCGAUGCCUUGAGCACGAUAUUAGGGCGCUCAUAUUUACUUCAACACAACAUCAAUGACUUGGGACAUACAAUUUUGGACUCACUAUUGGUUUCAAUCUUGCGCUCACAUACGAGCGUCCAACCGGAGAUGGUCAGCGACGGGUUUCGAGCACUUUCGAGGUUCCCCGGCGAAGAAAAGGACAUCUGCGGCAGGUGGGACGCUGAUAGUCCUGAGGUACGGGGACUCUUUGCUCAAGGCUAUGCCAGGAUUCCUACCAGAUGGAAACAUCCUUUUUGCCAUUCUGCCGUACAAGCAGUAUGUCAUUGCGCGAUUUCAACAUUCGGAGGCCUGACCCAUGCCGACGUAAACUGCCUGAGUGGUCUUUUCGUACGCCGUUGUACAGAGUGCGGUAUGGAGCUCAGAUUGGGACCACUCCAUACACUUGUUGCAGCAGCCUUCUUCUUGGGGCAGUCCGGCAUGUCAGGGGAGACAUUAUUCGGGCCUGUGGCUAUUCUCGUAUGCCUCAUCAACAUGGGCAUUGAUGUCAAUAUGAGAAAGAAUAUUUCAGUUGAGGAGAUACUACGGACCUCGGAACCGGGACAGUGCCAUCAUAGAUCCAUGACGGCAGCUGAGAUGAUGAUGUGUGUCCCUGCGAGUGUUGUUCACAAUUGGACCAAUGCUUGUCAGGUUGGUUGGGACUGCCUGCUGCAUACACUACGUUUAGCAGAGUCGUCGGACACGGAAAAUUCGUACCGGCACGAUCGCGAUAGUCCAGAGUGUGAAUUAUCAGCAGGUGAAACAGACGGCGAAUCGCAAUCUUCUGAAUGUGGAUUGCAGGACAUCCACGAUGACGAAGUGCUCAAAUGCACCCAUAAAAUGAUUGGAAUUAUGUGGGCCACAAUACAAGCAGAGAUGUUAACGUAUCGUCGAUUGACGGUCAACGACCCCUGGAUCUCCGACAAUUUUCAAAUGCUUGCAUUGCAGGCCUGGCUCAAAGGUGAGACACAAGGUUUCAAUACGCCGCUGGUGGUGCAAGAUAUGAUGAAGACAUAUUCAAGAUGCGGCUGGUUCUACGAAACCAAGUAUGUCUUUUGGGUUAUUGCAACAUCCUCAGACGUUUGCAAAGAGUGGUUCGCCAAUCUUGACAAUUAUGGAAGAACCACAUUUGUUCCUGGGGUAGAAUUUUGGGGUGAAUGA